AUGCCAGGACCCCCCAAAUCCCAGAUCCUGAGGCCGUUCCCAGGCCAGCCCUUGCUCCCGGGCCCGGCCCCCCCCGGGUACCCCCAGGCUCUGCCCCUGCCGCAGCCGCCGCCCUACCUGGACCCUGCAGCGGCGUACCCCGAGCACCUUCUCCCUGGCCAGCCCUUGCUCCCGGGCCCGGCCCCCCCCGGGUACCCCCAGGCUCUGCCCCUGCCGCAGCCGCCGCCCUACCUGGACCCUGCAGCGGCGUACCCCGAGCUCUACCGCCUGAGCGUGGUGCCGCUGGGCGCUGCUGGCGUCCCCGCCGUGUCCCCGCCGUACCCGGGGCCGUCCCUGUACGUGCCCCUGGCGCCGCCGCUGCCCCCGGCGGCUCUGGGCUCCCCCGUGGCCUAUCUGCCCCUGGGCCAGGUGCUCCCCCCUGGAUCCACCCUGCUGCUCGAGGGGGGCUUCGACAGGCUGGGCACGGGGGGCACUGCCAGCGUCCCGCCGCCGCCCCCCGGGUGCCCCCCGGCUGCCCCCCCGGUGCCCGUCCCGCCCGGAGCCGCCGUCCUGCUGCCCCCACGCAAGGGGGGCUUCCUGGGGGGGGCCUUCAGCCUCUGUGACUCACGCCUGCAUUGAUAACCAAACCUCCACAAGAUUGGGAGGAGCACUUCAGGGAUCCUCAGUCGGGUGGUUUUCUCCCUUUUGGUUGUUACUUGAUGAAGAAAGAGCUCAGAUUCGACUCUUAUUUUAUCUUAAUAUUUCAUUUUAAUCUGAAUCUGUGUUCUGUGUGUGUGUGGCCAUCCCUGACUGCUCCCGAGCUCAGCUCUCGGACUCUCUGUGCUGCACUGAACUUGUGGAGUUUUUAUACUAAAAACCAAAAAUAAAGAUUAUUUUGAAAAUUUAAAUGAA